AUGGAUUUAACUAACUAAUGUCACUAAUCCAGCGCUUAGUCUUUGAUCCGCUGCGUAAGAAUCGGAUCAGAACUGAUUUUGUUACUGUUUCUCGAAAAAACAGGAAGAAACUCGAUUAGAUUCAAAGGAACAAACAAAACGAUAACCAACGUGUGUGUACUAUAUAUAAGAAACGUGGAGAUCGAUGUAUUACAGCAAUCCACACAACUUUCAAAGGAAGACAACAAAACCGUUUUUUUGAAACAUUAACUCUUUGUUUUUGAAAAUGGAGGCCGUUAGAUUCGCCGUCGCCGUCGUUUUUGUGUUUUUCGCUGUUUCUUCGUCUAGCGCUGAACCUACACCGACAACAGGUGGAGCUGGAGGAAAAGGAGAUGCUCACUCAAUGCCGUGUAUACAGAAACUGAUGCCAUGUCAGCCUUAUCUCCACUCGGUGACUCCUCCACCUCCUGCGUCGUGUUGCCUUCCGUUGAAUGAGAUCGUGGCGAAAGACGCGACGUGUCUUUGCUCCGUAUUCAACAAUGUCGACAUGCUCAGAUCGCUUAACCUCACUAAAGAAAACGCUCUCGUUCUCCCUAAAGCUUGUGGCGCCAAAGCUGACAUCUCGCUAUGCAAAGCCAGCAAUGGCACCACUACACCUUCGACGUCGCCAGCAACUACCACAACUCCUCCGGCAUCUUCCACUGGAACCGGAGCUUCUUCAACUGCCAAACCAACAAACUCGGCUCCGGCCAUCAACUUCGCCGGAGCUAGCUUCGCAUCAGCUUUCGUGGCCUUGGCUACAAUCUUCUUCUGAUCUACUACUAUAUUGCAUUAUGUCUUUUUAUUCAUUGUUCUGUAGGUUUGCAAUUGAAAAUUGUUUGGUUAUUUAUUAUUAAUAUGCACUUGAAAUUUCUAAUAAUAAUAAUUUCCAACAUGUCUUUAC